AUGACUACUUUACCAAGACCGCGUGCCUCCAAUGGACCUCAAAAUGCGGAUCUGCCCGCCUUACCUGUCUCCAAGACCCGGAGAAGCACUGGCGGCAUCGCUACUCCGAGCAAUACUCUGAGUACACCCCGGAGUGGGCUGAGAGCGCCAUCAGCAAACGUCCAUGGGGGACCACCCCCAACCCCGGCGCCUACCAUGGCCCUCCCGAUACCGAAAGGCGCACAUGGUGUGAAUACUGGCGGUAGAAGUAUCAGGAAGACAAUUAGCAUCAACUCUUUUCCACAACCACCAGGCCGCAUGUCAAGUCUACCUCCUAGUCCGCUAUCUGGAGCAAUUACCCCCGGGAGGAAAUCUCGGACGCCUCAAGGAACACCGAAGAUUGGCUACCAGGCUGCCAGUACACCGAGCCUGCUGAAUGGCAGCGGGGAAGGAAAAUCGUUACUGGGAGGACCUGGCGCGAGGACGUCGGAUGGGCUCUUCAGUGUUGGGUCACCCCCUCAGAGCCGUAGCUCCUCAGCCCAAGAUUCGUAUUCGACGUCUGCUACCACAUUCGACGAUUCGGUCGAUGCUAGCGGUGCCGCCGACACCACCACCACCCCCGAGAAGCGAGCCUCCAAGGGCUUAGACGGCAAAGGCAAUGUCAUUGUGAGUGUCAGAGUGCGACCUGACGCUGGCAGCAACAGUGGGAAACCGGACGGCGAGUGGAUGGUUGAUGGACGGCGGUCUUUGGUUGCGUACCGGGGCCGUGAAGGGGGUGACUACAUUUACGACAAUGUGUUUUCGACACACGACGACAACAGUCGAGUAUAUGAUCACAGUGCGAAGCGUCUGGUUCGCAGAGUCAUGGAGGGUUACCAUGGCACCGUCUUCGCGUAUGGUAUGACCGGUACGGGCAAAACUUUCUCAAUGCAGGGUACCGCGUCUUCUCCUGGUGUAAUUCCUCUCGCCAUAACCGAUAUAUUCUCGUAUAUUCGUGAGACACCUUCGAGGGAGUUCCUGCUACGUGUCAGCUAUCUCGAAAUCUACAACGAGAAGAUACAUGACCUCCUCAGCAUGCCUACCGGCAAUACCGUAGGGGCCAUGGGUGCGCAAGAGGAGAUCAAGCUACGAGAAGACAGCAAACGAGGCGUCUAUGCGUCGCCGCUGAAAGAGGAGAUUGUGCAAAGCCCCACACAACUGCUACGAGUGAUCGCCCGUGGCGACCAAGCUCGGAGGACAGCAAGUACACAAUUCAAUGCCAGAAGUUCUCGCAGUCAUGCCGUGGUGCAGAUCGUCGUCGAGAGCAGAGAACGCAUACCCGGAGGCUCGAGCGGUGACAGCAAACGCUCAGCACUGCCGCCAGGCGGUGUCCGCGUUUCCACGCUGAGUUUGAUUGAUCUGGCAGGUUCAGAGAAAGCUGCUGAAUCUAAGGAGCGGCGAACGGAGGGAUCCCACAUCAACAAGAGUCUGUUGACUUUGGGUACUGUCAUCUCUAAGCUAUCAGAGCACAAGGAUAAAGAUGGGAAAGCUGCCGACAAAGAUGGAAAGCACUUGCCCUACAGGGACAGCAAGUUGACCAGACUGUUGCAAGGCGCACUCUCUGGAGACUCGCUAGUGAGUAUCCUGUGUACCAUUCAGACGGGCGCUGCAGGGAGUACUGCUGCGGCAAAUAGCCAUACGGCGGAGACUCUGAACACACUCAAAUUCGCGUCACGAGCGAAGAACAAUAUCGUAAGCCACGCCAAACGAGCUGAAGAAGCCCUCGGUGCCGGAGGGGAGGGUGGUGCUAGGGUGCUCCUCGAACGCUACCGAAUGGAGAUUCAAGAGCUGAAGACGCAACUUGAUUCGCAAGCCAAGACCAGCGGUAACAAAGUCGAAGAAGAGGAAAAGGAAAAGGACGAGGAAGAAGAGCGGGCCCGAGAGGAGGAAGCCAAGGCAAGACAUGAGGAACAGAUGUUGGAGAUGCAACUUGCACGCACAGCGUUGAAGGAGCGCAUCGACCACUUGAACCGUCUGAUCCUCAGCUCGAAGUCGACCGGGGUCAACUCAAGCGGCACCUACAGCGCGCUUGGUAUACAUCAACGGUUCUCCCAGAGCUCUUUCCGAACGUCGGUAGCCACGUCGAAUGGCAGCCGCCCGCUGUUGGAGAGAACAGGGUCUAUGGGAUCUUCAUCCUCCACUAUCGGCCGGAGGUCCGCUGGACAACGCAACUCGAGUGGAGGGGCGCCGGCAUCGAACGAGGACGAGGAUAGUCUGGGUGAUUUUGGUGAUGGUGUCGCAUCUCUCCAAGCGCAGAACCAGGCCCUCCAGGCCGACCUGUCUGACAAGACUCGCUACAUCGCGACGCUCGAGAAGAGGCUGCUGCAGGCUCGACGUGCCAGCUCAUCGCGGACCUCGGCGGGGUUCUCGGCAUCAAAUAAGGGAAUCAUGGUCGGGGAGGAUCACAGUGUAUCGACCAUUAUCAAGGAGAAGGAUGCCGAGAUCGCGGAGCUCCGUGCGAGACUGGAAGACAAAGACCGAAUGUUAGGCGCUCUUCGUGGCGCAGCUCGCUCGAGAGAGGCUGCCGAGGGAAUCGAUACAUCGAGGACUGAGGCUCGCGCGUCUUUACUGCGUGAAACGAGAAGCCCGCCACCUCAGGCUGCCGAGGGAAUCGAUAUGUCGAGGAUCGAGGCUCGCGCGUCUUUACUGCGUGAUACGGUAAGCCCGCCACCUCAGGCUGCCUUGCCAGAUCCACCAGCCGCUGGACCUAAAGGCCACUCACCGGUUCGGACACGCGGCAAAAGCGUGGAUGAGAUGAGUCGGAUACUUGACGAGAUGAUCCAGGACCGCGUCGAAACCGGUCACAUUGUGAAGGGCGUACGUGGUAGUGUACGGGUCGCCAAUGAUGGGAAAGCCGGUCCAUUGAUGGAGCCCAUCCAGACAGGCCUCGAACCAUUGCGAGGAAGUCCGAUUAUCGAGAGCGAGUCGAAGCAACUGGCCUUGGAGGUAUGA